GGCAGGGGGCGCGGGGCGGCGAGAGUGGCGGUAUCAUGGCGCUGAGGAGGUCGUGGAGAGUAGGCUGGGAAUUAAAGUGUUGUUCUUUUUGCACGGCCCAACGACGGACGCUCGGACCGCCCGACGGAUAUCAGAAAUGGAAAUCCACUACUCUUCUUUUGUUCCAGAAAUGUUCGCCUCCAAUAACCAUCAUUAGUAGUUUCACUCACACUCAUAAUGUAGAUCUUGUGCAUGGUGAAGUGACUGUAAUUUAUCAGAGAGGUUUGCCUGUAAUCACAGUUCCUUUGCCGUCACGACGAGAAAAAUGUUGUUUUACGCUGAGACCUAUUAGCAGUACCGUGGGUGAUUUUUUAAGAGACAUUCAAAGUGAAGACAGAGGCAUCGACAGGAUAGGAAUUCAUACCACAGAUGGAAUAAGAAUAGCCUCAUCUACAAGUAUUGAGUCAAUUAUGCAGAGCGAUUUUCAUCUCAUUGUUAAUGACAUAGUAUACUAUGUAAGCCCACCAGAAGCUGGGAAGUUAACUUCAGAAGAAAUGCAAACAUUAUGGGAUGUUAAAUCUCAAGUAGCUAGAUUAUAUGAAGUACUUCAUGUGGACCAAUUUCAGUUGGAGAGGGAAAGAAAACUUUUAUGUGAACUGGAACUAUUAAAACAAGAAUUAGAACCUUUAGAAGCACAAAAAGAAGGUUUAAUGUCUGAAGCUAAAAAACGUACAACAAUACUCUCGUGGUUGGGCCUUGGAUUGAUGGGUGUUCAGUUUGGAAUCCUCGCACGUCUAACUUGGUGGGAAUACUCUUGGGAUAUAAUGGAACCUGUUACUUAUUUUAUAACAUAUGGUACUACUAUGGCAAUGUAUGCAUAUUUUGUUUUGACACGGCAGGAGUACUAUUUGCCUGACGUCUGUGAUCGCCAGUCAUUGAAACUUUUCCACAAAACAGCGGGCAAAACAAAAUUAAACGUUCAGAAAUAUAACGAAUUGAAGAACGAAAUAGCACUAAUAGAAGACGAUCUGAAGAGGUUGAGAGAUCCAAUGCAUCUUCAUCUUCCAAUCAAAGAGCCUACAAAGUUCAAAUUCAAAGAUAACGAAAAUUCUAGUUAAUAAUACCUUAUGCUGAAUAGGACAGCGGCACGCAGUGCAAAAGUUCUCUUCCAUCGGAUACCACGAAUACAGUAUAUAACACGAAAAGAUGUCAAAACAUCCUAUUAUGUACAGUAAGUAAAAGAGAUACGAGACAGAUAUAUACCUUCAACCAGUAGAUGACAAAAAUUUGUAUAUAGCCUCUUAAACAUCAAAUGUUUAAUAACAACUUUAAGAUAUCUUUCUAUAUUGAGAAUUUCUAUAGUAACAUCUUUACGCUUGCUCAUUCUACAAUAAUUAUGCAUUAUAUAUUGAUACAAAGAUGACGGGAGAAUCAAACACUACUUCCAGAAGCUAAAAAAAAAAACCCAAAAAAAUUAGUUUGUUUAGCUACAUUUCUCAAUUUACGCUCUUUCGGAAGCAAUCCCAUCCCUUUAGAAAAAACUUCUAUCGAAAAUUUAGGGUAUCAAGAAAAGAAAAUUAAUUAAUAAUAACUUUCUUAAAUAAGGUUAAAAUACGGAUGCAGUUUUACUAGUGGUUGUAAAUAUUUCUUAACACAUUUUCACUUACUACAUGGAAAAUUUUUCUUCUUCUAAAAAUCGCUAAUUCAAAAACACCAAAGAAUAGGAGAGGGAAUUGAAAAAAAAAAAAAAAAAGGAAACAAAACAACCGAAAAAUUA